AGUUUAUGAUGAAGAAGGUAAUAAAACUGGAGAUUGGAUCGAAUUAAAUCAAAACUUUUCUAAGUAAUAGAAUAUUGAAUAAAAUAGUUAAGCUUAAUUAGCUUAUUCUGGAAAAUAUAAAAAUGGGAAAAAACAUAAUUAAUGGGAUACAAUAUACAGAAUAAGUGAUAAAUAAGUUUUCAUUAAGAUGUAAUAGAUUAUAUUAUUUUAUAUCUUUAGAGGAGGAGGAUGUUAUGAUGAAAAUGGAUUAAAGGAUGGUUUAUGGAUAGAUAUACAAGACAACUAUGAUAAGUAUUUAAUAAUAAUAAGUUUAGACAUGCUUAAGUAAUUUUUAAAGGCUAGUAUAAAAAUGGAAGAAAAGAAGCUAAAUGGGAUAUUAUCUAUAAAGAUUAAAAUAUGUCUAAAAUUUAACAAAUAAUGUAUAAAAUUUUAUCACAUUAUAAAGAGGUGGUGGAAUUUAAUACUUUUAAAAAACAAGCUGGAAAAUCAUAAUAUUAAAUUUAGUAAAAAUUAUUUAAAGUUUAUUUUCAUUAGUGA